UUAAAAAAUUUCACUUUUCAUCAUUUGACGGACAAUGGUACUUCCGUAAUUUCAAGACGAAAGCACGCCCAUUUCCGGUAUCUAUCUUAAAACUUAUAUGAUGGCAUCACUGCCUUCUCUUCGACGAUUAACAUCAUAAAGGCUUAAACCCCCCAAAAUGUCCCCAUUUCGAGUCACAUUCCAGUACUUCUGCAGAUAACAAGGAAGAUAGAAGCUAUAUUCUUUACUUUCUAUCCAAAGAAACUCUUGAGAAUUCUGCGAUAUAAUGGUUGAUGUAGCUGAUAAAUUGGCUUAUUUUCAAGCGGUUACUGGACUUGAAGAUCCCGAUUUGUGCACAGAGAUUCUCCAAGCCCAUGGCUGGGACCUGGAACUCGCGAUCUCCUCUUUUACAUCCAUUAACAACAACAAUAAUGAAACUGAUACUAACGCCGCCACCACUACUACAGGUUCCACCACCGACAUCGGAAGUUCGGCAGUGGAAUCCUCGAAUUCAGCCUCUCGUGAUCUCUUUGACCGCUCCGAUUCUGGUGUCGGAGCUGUGGCCGCUGCUGCUCCCGGUUUAGCCUGGAAACUAAUUACUUUACCAUUUUCCGUCAUUUCAGGCAGUCUAGGGUUAAUUUCCGGUGCUGUUGGCCUUGGCUUAUGGGCUGCUGGUGGUAUUUUGUCUUAUUCGCUUGGAAUGAUCGGGCUGGGACCAAGUGCGGUUCGGAAUGGGGAGUCUUCUUCGCGAUUAGUUUCGGUGUCGGCCGCAGCGAGAGAGGCGAUGGACUUUGUAUCGAUGUUUGAAAGGGAUUAUGGUUCUAGAAGGCCGAAUUUUGUAACUGAAGGGUUUAUGGACGCCUUGCAGAGGUCGAGGAACGCCUACAAACUGUUGUUUGUUUACUUGCACUCUCCAGAUCAUCCAGACACGCCUGUGUUUUGCGAGAGGACUCUGUGUUCGGAGGUUUUCACUACGUUUGUGAAUGAGAAUUUCGUGGCCUGGGGAGGCAGCAUUAGAGCUAGUGAAGGAUUUAAGAUGAGCAAUAGCUUGAAAGCUUCUGGAUAUCCGUUUUGUGCGGUAGUUAUGCCUGCCACAAACCAGAGGAUCGCUUUGCUUCUACAGGUUGAGGGUCCAAAAUCUCCUGAAGAAAUGCUCAUGAUGCUACAGAGAGUGCUUGAAGAAAGUGCACCUGUCCUUGUUGCUGCAAGACUUGAAGCAGAAGAAAGAAGAAACAACAUGCGUUUAAGGGAGGAACAAGAUGCUGCUUAUAGAGCAGCUCUUGAAGCUGAUCAAGCCAGGGAACGGCAAAGGAAAGAAGAGCAGGAGCAAUUAGAGAGGGAAGCUGCUGAAGCUGAGAGGAAGCGCAGGGAGGAAGAAGAGGCUCAAGAGAGAGCAGCUCGUGAGGCUGCAGAAAGAGAGGCUGCUUUGGCUAGAGUGCGGGAGGAGAAAGCCAUAUCACUUGGUGCUGAACCUGAAAGAGGACCUGAUGUUACUCAAGUUUUGGUUCGCUUCCCAACUGGAGAACGGAAAGAAAGAAGGUUCCAAAGUACCACCACCAUCCAGUCUCUAUAUGACUAUGUUGAUUCUUUGGGUUUCCUAAAUGUUGACACAUACAGCCUAGUCUCAAAUUUUCCGCGGGUUGUCUAUGGUUCAGAAAAACUCUCUCUGUCCUUGAAAGAAGCCGGAUUGCAUCCUCAAGCCAGCCUUUUUGUGGAGCUGAACUAGGGAAGUGUAAUGCCAAGUAGUGUGAUCAAAAGUAGUCCAAAGCGGGACAUGCAAGUAGGGUACUUUGGUGUGUUUUUCUUUCCUAUUUCAGCUUUGAUUAGCAAUGAUAGUCUGUCAGGCUAGAUAGGUCCUUGGCUGCUCGGAUUUUAUAUUUUCGUUCAAUGCAAAGAUUCAAUCUAAAGAAAAGUAACUCAGGGGUGGAAAACGGGUUUGCAAUAAUGAUUUACUAAUUCUGCACAUA